GCUGGUCCUAAUCUUCAUAUGAUCCACUCGGUAGUCUCUCUUUUCGUCUCUUUGAAAAUAUCAAUUUCAUCUGUCGUCUUUCUAGCCGCCUCUCAUUUUUCCUACCGAUUGUUAUUUCGUUUACAGCUAAAAGGAACAUCAAGUUGAUACUUACCAUACGAUCGAUUCCCAACUGAAUGUCGCACUCUUCCAUUUCUUCAUCUCUCGUUCUCUAUCCUAGAAAGUUUUAAGCAACAAACCAAGCAAUCAAUGGAUCUUGAUCAUCAUCAUCUUCCUAAUCUACUCCCUUUCAUCUCCACCAUCUUGGCCCUUUUGCUGCUUGUCCACCAUCUUCUUCGGAAAUCAAAACUUGACCAGAAGAAGAAAGAGCCUCCAGAAGCUGCGGGUGGAUGGCCUAUUAUUGGCCACCUGCCACUGCUACAAGGUCUACAACCUCCCCAUAUAACCUUGGGCAACAUGGCAGAUAAGUACGGCCCAAUCUUCACGAUCAGAAUGGGAAUCUUCAAAACUUUGGUUGUAAGUAAUUCGGAAAUGGCUAAAGAGUGUUUCACUACCAAUGACAAAGUGUUUGCUAACCGUCCAAAGCUUGUUGCCAAUGAUAUAUUGGGGUACAACUAUGCCAUGAUUGGGUUCAGCCCUUACGGCUCUUACUGGCGACAAGUACGAAAGAUUGCCACUGUUGAAGUACUUUCCCACCACCGUAUUGAGAAACUCUGUCACGUCCGAGAAUCGGAGGUGAAAAUAUCCAUAAAAGAGUUGUAUGAGCUGUGGGCAAACGACAAUAGCGUGGUUGUGGAGAUGAAAAAUUGGUUUGGAGAUGUUGCAUUAAACCUCAUAUUCAGGAUGGUCGUAGGAAAGCGAUAUCUGGAAGCUACAGCGUUGAAUGGUGAUGAGUGCCGAAAAGCGUUCAGGGAUUUUUUUGAAUUGACUGGGAUUUUUGUGGUAUCGGAUGCGAUUCCACAUCUGAGAUGGUUGGACUUGGGAGGACAUGUGAGAGCUAUGAAGAAGACGGCCAAAGUGCUUGAUCAAUUGAUACAAGGUUGGCUGGAGGAGCAUAAGCUAAAGAGAAGUAAUUCUGAGGGACAGGAGGAGAAGCAAGACUUCAUGGAUGUGAUGCUUUCUAUUCUUGAAAGUACUGAUCUUGAAAAUGCACGUUAUGAUGCUGAUAAGAUCAACAAGGCUACGUCCAUGGCACUUAUUUUAGCUGGCACGGAUACAGCGACUGUAACAUUGACAUGGUCUCUGGCCCUGCUUCUAAACAAUCGAGGUGCAUUAAAGAAGGCCCAACAAGAACUGGACGAGCACGUUGGCAGAGACAGGCAAGUAAAGGAAUCGGACCUAAACAAGCUGGUGUAUCUCCAAGCUAUUCUCAAAGAGACGCUGCGUUUAUACCCAGCCGGACCACUCUCGAUUCCCCACGAGUCCAUGGAAGACUGCACUGUAGGCGGCUAUCACGUCCCAAAAGGCAUACGCCUUCUCGUCAAUCUUUCAAAGAUUCAUAGAGACCCAAAAAUCUGGUCAGAUCCAAACGAGUUUCGGCCCGAACGCUUUCUUACAACUCACAAAGCUGUUGAUGUACGUGGCCAGAAUUUUGAAUUAAUUCCGUUUGGCAGCGGUAGAAGAAUGUGCCCUGGUGUAUCACUUGCACUUCAGUUUAUGCAACUCACGCUCGCUGCUUUGCUUCAUGGGUUUGAUAUGGCAACCCCCUCCAAUGAAGCGGUUGAUAUGUCUGAGAAAUUUGGACUGACUAACAUGAAAGCCUCCCCACUUGAUGUCCUUCUCACCCCACGCCUUCCUGCUAAUCUUUAUUGUUAAAUAAAUCAGCACAAGGAUUAUGUAAUAGAUAUGAUACAGUUAAGGGUUACAUUACAGGGAUAUUAAGCAACUUGUUUGGUAUGUAUUUUGGUUUAUUCCUAAAUAUAUGUGCUCAAAUGUUUUUAAAAUAAAAACUGUCUCGAUCAACACAAUUAUAUAUGUA